AUGGGGAAGCAAAAGCUUUUUCUUCCGACUCAAGCACGGGCGACAUCCACCGACAGAUGCCCCAAAUGGAAUAUAAUUCUUCUUUUGGCUUCUGUCUUAGCCCUACUCUGGACAGGCUUCCAUGUUGAUAUCGAGUCACUUGAUGGCCCAGUGUUCAAUGGAGCUCCCACUUGUGUGCCUCACACUGCUCCAAUUUGCCCUCAAGCCCCGGCAUUGUCUCCCCAAGUCCACAAGAACCUUCUUGCUGAUAUUGAGAGCGAAUAUGUCACCGGUGGUUUCAAGUCGCGUGUUGUGGAAUGGCUCAGAGGAGCUGUUCGAAUAAAGACUGUGACCCACGAUGAUAUGCGAGUCGUAGGGAAUGAUUCUCGAUGGGACGUCUUUGGGGAGUUUCAUAGCUACUUGAAGGAGGCGUUCCCUCUUGUACACGACCGCCUCGAAGUCACCAAUAUUAAUACUUACGGGCUUGUUUAUCGUUGGGAAGGUUCUGAUGCAUCCUUGAAACCACUGCUUCUUAUGGCGCACCAAGAUGUAGUUCCAGUGCAAGCAGAUACUGUCACCCAAUGGGUUCGUCCACCCUUUUCUGGCUAUUUCGAUGGAGAGUUUUUAUGGGGGCGAGGGGCUUGGGACGACAAACAGGCACUGAUUGCGAUCCUGUAUCCAAGUUCUUUAUCUAUUGUCUUCCAUAUUGAUCAUUCUUUCAGGAUUACUUUGGAAACUUUACUCAAGCAUGGAUACAAGCCGACCCGGACAAUCUUCUUUGUUUCUGGGUUCGACGAGGAAAUCGGCGGGCAUUUUGGCGCGGGGCGUAUUGCCAGCCAUUUCCUCUCCACAUAUGGGGAAAACCAUUUUGCGAUGCUUGUAGAUGAAGGGGCCCCACAAACAGCAGCGUUCGGAGCUCGAGUUGCUGCACUGGGGAUCUCGGAGAAGGGUUAUACCAACGUAAAAGUCUCUGUUGCUAGUCCUGGCGGCCAUUCAAGCGUACCUCCUACCCAUACAAGCAUUGGUCUGCUGGCCUUGGCUCUCGUUCACCUGGAAGAAAAUCCCGAACCAGCGCAUUUAACCCGAACCUCCCCUCUAUAUGAACUAUACCAAUGCCAGGCCGAGCACUCGCCCAAUUUCCCUGAGAAGUUGAAGAGAGCACUUCGAAAGAGUCUUCACAACGAUAAAGCACUUAAGAGGGCUGAGAAGCUUCUUUUUACCUCAGAGGGAGGUGAUGUUAACCGCAUUUACUUGCACACAACGCAAGCCAUCGACCUUAUCGGGGGCGGAGUGAAAGUCAAUGCGCUGCCAGAACUGGCGUGGGCCCUAAUCAAUCAUCGCAUUGCCACAGACAGUUCCGUAAACGCUACUCAUUCCUCAAUAGUCGACAAGCUGACACCCAUUGCUCGGGGGUUGCAGCUGGAUUUCGAGGCGUUCGGGUUUAACGUUACUACAGAGCUUGAUCCUGCUGGCCAGUUAACACUUUCACACUUUUUGGAUGAUGAUUUGGAACCUGCUCCCGUAUCUCCACCUAAUUCUGCCCCAUUCCAACUGCUUGCGGGUACGAUACGCGAGACUUGGGAGACGGGCAGAGGCAAAGACUCUGAGGAGCCUUUCAUUGUUGCUCCGAGUAUAAUGCCUGCUAAUACCGGUAUGAUUCUCCGACCUGGGUCGGUUGGAGUUCUACAUCUUAAAUCAUUGCUAGAUACAAAGUAUUUCUGGAAGUUGACUCCACACAUCUUCCGGUAUAAUCACUUAGGGAUGGAGGACAUGGGCCCACUUAAGAAUCACGGAGGCAUGCACAGUGUAAAUGAAGCCAUUCGCAUUGACGGCUACCAUGACCAAAUCCGCUUCUUUACCCAUCUGAUCCUCAACGCUGACGAGGCAAAUCUUUGA